AUUAAACAUUAAAUUUAAACGGUUUUCAACAUUCGACCAGCGCGGGUCUCUGUGCUGCGCGCGUCAAGAAAUUUAAGAAACUGAGUUCAAAAGUUGAUAACGUAGUAACGUAUUUUCGUCGGUUCUUGCGCGCGGCUAAAAGAAAUAUUAGAAUUCGUCCCGUAGAAAACCGACAGGGAAACGCGUCGAAAUCCAGUGUUAGUUUAACCACAAAAUAUCCACAUUUGUUUGGGGAAAAUUGGAAUAAAUCCCAUGAAACUCCCCGCAAGAGCAGUGCAUUUUUAAAUGAUCUUUUAAUAGAAAAUAUUCCAAAUAUUUGCAUGUGUUUUUACAACAACAAAAAGGAAUAAUAAUAAAAUACAAAUAAGAGAGGCAGAGGAAAAAUAGCAGCCCUUGGCGGCGUUUUUUUGGUGCCAUAAACCGUUAGUUCUCGCAAAAAUAUACAAAGAGAACACAAAAAGAGUUUUACUUAAAAUAAACCGCAAACUAAAAUAAAUGCAGAAAUAAAUCGAAAUAUGUGGCGCGUGCACGUGUGAGGAGGAGAAUAACAACAACAACAAAUACAAAACCAUGUGCCGCACUAAAUAGCAACAAAAUAAAGCGAGAAAGAGCAGAAGAAGUAAUAGAGGAAGAUUAAAAGGAAUCCGCGAGAGAGAAAAGCUGCAGCUGAAAGGUAGCUGUAAAUUUUCAAAUAAAACAACAAUUAAACAAUCACGCGAUCGGCUCUCUUCUCUCACACACCACACCACACACACACACCACACACGAGGAUUAUCACACUCACACACACACACCCUCACACAACACCUAAAUCCCGCAAAGGAGCAGCAAAAGCAGCAAUAAACAUGCAUUGGAUUAAAUGUUUAUUAACAGCAUUCAUUUGCUUCACAGUCAUUGUGCAGGUUCACAGUUCCGGCAAUUUUGAAUUGCGGCUAAAAUACUUUAGCAACGAGCAUGGAAGGGAUAACGAGGGUCGCUGCUGUAGCGGCGAAACGGAUGCGGCGACGGGCAAGUGUUUGGGCACUUGCAAAACACGGUUUCGUGUUUGUUUGAAGCACUAUCAGGCGACCAUCGAUACCACAUCGCAGUGCACCUACGGGGAUGUGGUAACCCCCAUUCUCGGCGAGAAUUCGGUCAAUCUGACCGAUGUGCAACGCUUUCAGAAUAAGGGUUUCUCGAAUCCCAUACAAUUUCCCUUUCAGUUUUCAUGGCCGGGCACCUUCUCGCUGAUCGUCGAGGCCUGGCAUGAUACCAACAACAGCGCCAAUACGCGUGUAAACAAUCUCCUCAUCCAGCGGCUGUUGGUGCAACAAGUCUUGGAGGUCUCCUCCGAUUGGAAGACCAACAAAUCGGAAUCGCAGUACACGUCGCUGGAGUACGAUUUCCGUGUCACCUGCGACUCCAACUAUUACGGUUCGGGCUGUGCCAAGUUCUGUCGGACGAGGGACGACUCCUUCGGGCACUCGAAAUGCUCGGAGACGGGCGAGAUUAUCUGCCUGAGUGGAUGGCAGGGCGAUUAUUGUCAUAUACCAAAAUGCGCCAAAGGCUGUGAGCAUGGACACUGCGAUAAACCCAAUCAAUGCGUUUGCCAAUUGGGCUGGAAGGGACCUCUGUGCAACGAGUGCGUGCUGGAGCCCAACUGCAUCCAUGGAACGUGCAACAAACCCUGGACCUGCAUCUGCAACGAGGGCUGGGGCGGUCUCUACUGCAACCAGGACCUCAAUUACUGCACGAAUCAUCGUCCCUGCAAGAACGGCGGCACCUGCUUCAACACCGGCGAGGGCCUGUACACGUGCAAGUGUGCCCCCGGCUUCAGUGGCGAUGACUGCGAAACGGAGAUCUACUCGUGCGAUGCCGGAGUGAAUCCCUGCCAGAACGGCGGCACCUGUGUCGACGAGCAGACGAAGGGCGGCUACAAGUGCAUGUGCGCCAACGGCUGGAGCGGCAGGAUGUGCGAGGACAAGGUGCUGACGUGUGCGGACAAGCCCUGCCAUCAGGGCACUUGCCGCAAUGUGCGCGCCGGUCAAGGCAGCAAGGGGCAGGGGUUUCAGUGCGACUGUCCCGGCGGAUACAGCGGCCCGACGUGCGAGCUCCAGCUGGACAACUGCCGGCCGAAUCCCUGCCAGAACGGAGGCAGCUGCCAGCCGAACGGCAAGUGCAUCUGUCCCAGCGGCUUCACGGGCAGCAAAUGCGAGACGAACGUCGACGACUGUCUGGGGCACAAGUGCGAGAACGGCGGGAUCUGCAUUGAUUUGGUGAAUCAGUACCGGUGCCAGUGCGUGCCCGGUUUCCAUGGCUCCCACUGCAGCAGCAAACUCGAUCUGUGCCUCAUUCGACCCUGCGCCAACGGCGGGACGUGUCUGAACCUCAAGAACGACUUUCAGUGCACCUGCAGGGCGGGCUUCACCGGCAAGGACUGCUCCAUUGACAUUGACGAGUGCAUCAGUGGACCCUGCCACAACGGAGGCACCUGCAUGAAUCGCGUCAACAACUUCGAGUGCGUCUGCGCGAAUGGGUUCCGUGGCAAGCAGUGCGACGAGGAGUCCUACGAUUCGGUCACGUUCGGUGCCCAUCACUACGGCGCCACGACUCAGGCCCGUGCCGAUGGCCUGACCAAUGCCCAGGUGGUGCUCAUUGCCGUCUUCUCGGUGGCCAUGCCUCUGGUGGCUGUGAUUGCCGCCUGUGUGGUCUUCUGCAUGAAACGGAAACGGAAGCGUGCCCAGGAGAAGGACGAUGCCGAGGCCCGCAAGCAGAACGAACAGAAUGCCGUGGCCACAAUGCACCACAACGGGAGUGCCGUGGGCGUGGGUCUCACCGGCGGUGGACUGGGCGUCAAAACGGGCUCCAACUCGGGCCUGACCUUCGACAAUGGCAACCCGAAUAUCAUCAAGAACACGUGGGACAAGUCGGUGAACAACAUAUGUGCCUCGGCGGCGGCGGCCGCAGCUGCUGCGGACGAGUGCCUCAUGUAUGGCGGGGCGCUGUCCAACUAUGUGGCACAGGCGGACAAUAAUGCCAAUUCGGAGUUUUGCGGCGUGGGCCAGAUCGCACCACUGCAGCGGGCCAAGUCCCAGAAGCAGCUCAACACAGAUCCCACGCUGAUGCAUAGGAGUGCCUCGGCGGCACAAGCAGCAGCAGCGGCGGCAGCAGCAGCCGCGGCGGGUGGCGCCUCUGGGACGGCCAAAGACUACAGCAGCGGCGGGGGCGGGGCCGUGGCUGAGGGCAAGCGCAUCUCCGUUUUGGGAGAGGGCUCGUACUGCAGCCAGCGGUGGCCGUCGCUGGCAGCGGCCGGUGUGGCAGGUGCAUGCUCCUCCCAAAUGAUGGCAGCCGCCUCCGCCACCGGCAGCGGGGCGGGGACGACGCAACGAACAGUGGUCUGUGGCACGCCGCAUAUGUAAAAAAAAAAACACACACAAAACACCAAACACAAAAAACUCACAGAAAAAUUAAGAACACACACACUCUCUGGUUAUAGGAGGAAUAAACAAAGAAAAGACUGGGGUUUGGGUUUUCGAAAACAAAAUAUGUGAAAAAGAGACGCCAAAAUAUAUAGGGCCGAUACACACCGGCUUCGUUGUUGUUUGAGAUUGAAGCAGUAUAGUCGUCAGAAUAUCAGAAUAUCCCUAAAAAAAACUAGAUUUUCACCCCCAUUAAAUGUGACUUAAGCCUAAAGUAAACGAUUUUUAUGUACCCUUAAAGAGUUUGCCUUUUUUCCAACCCAUAACUUGACCUUAGACGCCCCCUUCCCCACCAUUUCCCGGACGACGAGAGGAGCCGACCUCUCCUACCUACCAAUAUACGUUUUGACGUUUUGCAUGUUACUGAAAAAUCUGCUUCAAUUUAAUUCUAAUAUUUUUCGCUAUAAAAUUGUAAAUACUACAAAAAAUACAUUUAAAUUUAAAUCUUAAAUUUAAAAUAUAAAUUCUAAGGCUAACAAAGUGAAGAAGAACAAACUCCUCAUUGACAAUGCCCCUGGGGGCAUUCUCCUGUAAAUAGUAGGUCACACAUUCGAUAUACGACAACACACAAAAAACAAUUAAAAGUAAAAGUAAAAAACAAAAAAAGAAUACCAUAAAAAAUUGACUAUCUCGACUAUUUCUAGGAUACAAAAAAAAACUAUACUUAACUCUCGAUUCUCUAGCUUAAU